UCUUUCGACCCUUUUAAAAAUACGAGUUUCAUUUUCUCUCACCCGGCGCCCUUUUGUUUCGCAAGAUGUGACAUCUUCACUUUAUUCGACGACAGUUUGCACAGAAAGGAUCGCAACAACAUACGAAAUUCGCAGUUAAUUCCCGCUCAGUUGUAAAUCCUUCCUCUCCCUGCGGAAAGAUAAGAAAGAUAAGAAAAUGCAUCAGCCAGAUUACAUCAUUCCUUGGGUGGAGAUGCGGGCGAGAGACGAGAACAUUCGAAAAGAAUUCAAGUGUUAUCCCGUGUUGGAACCGUUCGCUCCGCGACAUUCGAUCUCUUAUUUUAACAAUAACAAAGAGGACAGCACAAAAUGGGCGUACGAGCGUCUUCAUAAAGUGGACGGUUUCGAUCCCGGCAAGCCGCGAUGCGAUCGUAUCAAGCAGAGUCAUUGGUUGGAAAUCGCGAGGGAGAACAAAGGUCUGAAGAUCCCGAUGAUUACCAGUCACUCGUACGGUCGACCGAACAGAGUUCAAAUCGAUAUCCCUGACAAGAAGUAUCAUCGGUGCAGCAAAGUGAAAGAAUUUUAUUAUCGCAGCGGCUUCGAAUUAACCACUGACGAGGAAAAACAGCAGAAACCGAUUUGUUUCCAAUAA